ACGCUGCCACACCGUCACUAACGUCGCACACGUACGCACGUACGCACGCACGCACGCACGCACGCUGUGACGGCCAGAUAAACUCAGAUGUAGAUCCACAAAAUCAUCUCUUCCAACAAGCUUGGUGAGCAAAGGAACUGUUUUGCCCCAGCGACCAACAUCGUGACCCAUGGACAAGGAUCUUGUACAUUGAAGUAUCUUCACGCCUGACAUUCCUUAAUCCUCAACAGGGAGACGGCAGAUUCAAUACAACGCCUGAUGUCUGACCGCCUUACAGAACAGCGAUUACAGACAACCCGCUCACUUACAUCUGUCGUCUGCAUAUGAACCAAUUGAACACAUUUCUUCCAUAUACUUAUCGGUCGUCUGCUUCUGACAGCCAUACUAUCAUGGCGACUUUGGAGGCGUGGGGGGAGGUGGGACAGAAGUAUAAGAUCCACGAGGAGACCUUAGCGUUUUUUCGCCAACAAAAAGAAAGGGGUGCCAGACCCUAUCAAGAGCUUACAGUGGAAGAAGCUCGGGAAGCCAACAGGCAGACGUCACUUUUCUACGCCGGCGACACUGAAUUCAAUGGCAGCAUCAAAGAAUUCAUAGUUCCGUCAAUUCACUGUCCGGAGGGCGUGGCUGUCAGCGUGUACAAAGACUCCAUCUGCCCCCUCACUGCCCCGGUUCUCGUCUACUUCCACGGGGGCGGCAUGGUGGUGGGCUCCAGACAGGCCUAUGACGUCACCUGUAAACUAAUAGCCAGAGACACACCCUGUAUAGUUGUGAACACAGAGUACCGCCUGGCCCCGGAACACAGGUUCCCUGAACAGUUUCAGGACGUGGAGUGCGUCACCAGAUGGGUCUGCAUGAACAAGGCGCUCAUAGGGGCAAGUAGUUCUAGUCGAGUUGGUGUGGGCGGAGAUAGUGCCGGCGGAAACCUGGCGGCGUCCGUCUGUCACCACGUCAACGUCGACUUCCAGGUGCUAGUGUACCCUAUGACAGACCACACGUGCUCACAGCCAUCUUUCAGCGAGUUUGCCACCACACCAGGACUCAACCAAGGAAUGAUUCAGUGGUUCCAGGACCUUCACUUCUCUUCCCCUGAACAAGUGACAGAUCCCCGCUACUCCCCCUUUACUACACAAGGACUUCAGUCACCUGCCACCGGCAAUAUUUGUGAUUGCAGAACUGGACCCUCUAAGAGACUGCGGAUACGCCUAUCGGGAGAAAUUAUCGUCUGCUGGCGUCACAACUGACUGCAUUACUCUCCAGGGGGCGCCCCAUGCUUUUUUCCACAUGCCAGGAAACUUUAAGGAGAUCUGCAGUUUGUCCUACGAAGCUGUUACAAGGUUUAUCCGCAAAUUUAGUCACUGAAAAAAAAAAGGAUCAGAAAGACGAAGCUCGACACUAAACAGAACUUGUAUGUUAUUGCUCACAAGAACUUACCUCGGAUUUUGCUUUUAUGUUACUUACAAUUUUACAUUACCAAACAGGUACCAUAUAAGGAAACAUGCGCACUGUGGUAGCCUGAUCAAUACUCAGACGUACAGCCAAUGUUUUGCAAAAUUACAGUGUUACUCCGGCGGAUCCGUACAGCGGUAAAGUGGUAUUUUUAAAAGAUCUGUGAGCAGUAGUGUAAGUGGACACUGAUUGUACCUUCCAACAGAAUUCAUCUGUAACUACAUGAUGUAGGAGUAAACAAAUAAAGUUAUUAUCAAGCAA